CCUGCGGUCGGGCGCUGGCUCAGUCUCGGCUGUUCGCCGCUGUCGCUCCCGGGCUGCGGGAUGACACCGCCUCCGCCCGGAUGCGCCUCCCUCGGCGCCCUGUGCGCCCGCGUCUCCGGCCCGCUGCGGCUGCUGCUGCUGCUCUGGACGGCCGCCGCCACCCAAGGCCACCCGAAGAGCGGACCCCGCAUCUCCGCUGUCUGGAAAGGCCGCGCAGGGCAGGACUGGGUGGACUUUGGCCUGGCUGAGCCUCACACGGUGCUUUUCCACGAGCCUGGCAGCUCAACCGUGUGGGUGGGUGGACGUGGCAAGGUCUAUGUCUUCGACUUCCCCGAGGGCAAGAAUGCCUCCAAGCGAACGGUGAACAUUGGUUCCACGAAGGGCUCCUGCCUGGACAAGCGGGACUGCGAGAACUACAUCACACUCUUGGAGAGGAAGGGUGAGGGGCUGCUCAUCUGUGGUACCAAUGCCCGGCGCCCCAGCUGUUGGAACUUGGUGAAUGGCACUGUGGAGUCACUUGGUGAAAAGAGAGGCUAUGCCCCCUUCAGCCCGGAUGAGAACUCACUGGUUCUGUUUGAUGGGGACGAAGUGUACUCCACAAUCCGGAAGCAGGAAUACAACGGGAAGAUCCCUCGGUUCCGCCGCAUCCAGGGCGAGAUCGAGUUGUACACCAGUGAUACCGUCAUGCAGAACCCCCAGUUCAUCAAGGCUACCAUCGUGCACCAAGACCAGGCCUAUGAUGACAAGAUCUACUACUUCUUCAGAGAGGACAAUCCUGACAAGAACCCCGAGGCUCCUCUCAACGUGUCCCGAGUGGCCCAGCUCUGCAGGGGAGACCAGGGUGGCGAGAGUUCACUGUCGGUCUCCAAGUGGAACACCUUCCUGAAAGCCAUGCUGGUGUGCAGUGAUGUCACCACCAACAAGAACUUCAACAGGCUGCAGGACGUCUUUCUGCUCCCCGACCCUGAUGGCCAGUGGAGGGACACAAGAGUCUAUGGUGUUUUCUCCAACCCUUGGAACUACUCGGCUGUCUGUGUGUACUCCCUUGAUGACAUCGACAGAGUCUUCCGUAUGUCCUCACUCAAGGGCUACCAUUCGAGCCUUCCCAACCCCAGGCCUGGCAAGUGUCUCCCAGACCAGCAACCUAUACCCACAGAGACCUUCCAGGUGGCUGACAGUCACCCUGAGGUGGCACAGAGGGUGGAGCCCAUGGGGCCUUUGAAGACGCCACUGUUCCACUCAAAGUACCACUACCAGAAAGUGGUCGUCCACCGCAUGCAGGCCAGCCGUGGGGAGACCUUCCACGUGCUUUACCUGACCACAGACAGGGGCACCAUCCACAAAGUGGUGGAGUCGGUAGAGCGGGAGCGCAGCCUUGCCUUCAACAUCAUGGAGAUCCAGCCCUUUCACCACCCGGCCGCCAUCCAGGCCAUGUCGCUGGACGCUGAGCGGCGGAAGCUAUAUGUGAGCUCCCAGUGGGAGGUGAGCCAGGUGCCCCUGGACCUGUGUGAAGUCUAUGGCGGGGGCUGCCAUGGCUGCCUCAUGGCCCGAGACCCCUACUGUGGCUGGGACCAGGGCCACUGCGUCUCCAUCUACAGCUCCCAAGGGCCGGUGCUGCAGUCCAUUAAUCCAGACGAACCACACAAAGAGUGCCCCAACCCACAGCCAGACAGGGCCCCACUGCAGAAGGUCUCCCUGGCUCGGAACUCUCGUUACUACCUGAGCUGCCCCAUGGAGUCCCGUCAUGCCACCUACUCAUGGCGCCACGAGGAGAACGUGGAGCAGAGUUGUGAGCCGGGCCACCAGAGCCCCAAUUGCAUCUUGUUCAUCGAGAACCUCACAGCCCGCCAGUAUGGCCACUACCUCUGUGAGGCCCAGGAGGGCUCCUACUUCCGUGAGGCUCAGCACUGGGAGCUGCUGCCGGACGACCGCGCCAUGGCCGAGCACCUGCUGGGCCGGGCCCGGGCCCUGGCCGCCUCUCUCUGGCUGGGCGUCCUACCCACACUCACUCUCGGCCUGCUGGUCCACUAGGGUCCCCUGGGGAUGGGCAUGGCGCAGGCUCCUGCAGCCUCAGGGGCACUAGAAGAGUCUCCGUUCAGAGCCUGCUGGGCCCGGUGAGCUCCUUGCCCGAUACUUCUUUCAGGGGGACUGCAUAACCCGAUGAAGGACACCAGGCCUGGAGAUGGCCAGCCGCGGGCGGCUGCUGGGCCCGAGUGGGCACAGGGGGUGGUGGGGGCAGGGGCCACAGAGUGAAGGCGCUGACUGUGAAGCCAGGGCAUUGGUGACCUAAGAUUUUAUCUUCUGGAGAUUACUUUUCAAAAACCCCUCCUCAAACUUGACUAAAUGCAGUGAUGUUCUCAGCCCAAGAGCCCAUGGGCCAGAGAGUGGGGUUUGGAAAAGGAAGCUGGGCCCCAGGCUCUGGACUUUGGGGCUGAGGCCCGAGUCUAUGUGGACUCUUUGUACCCAGACUGCCCCCUCCUCCUCCUUCCUGCCAUGGCUGGGGGUGGCUGCUGUUCCUGUAGGCCCAGGGCUGCCGUCUGCGGCUCCCUCACCAGCCCCAGGUCCCACUAGGCAGCCGUCUUGCAUGUUUAUUGAAGGAUGUUUGCUUUCCGGACAGAAGGACGGAAAAAGCUCUAUUUUUAUGUUAGGCUUAUUUCAUGUAUAGCUAAUUCUGACUGCAUCUGUAUGAAAAUACCAAAACUUCAUGCUGGGGGUGGGGUGGGACAGGGAGGGACUGGGGAAGGAAUGGGCUGGGGUGGGGGGUCCCAGUCUGAGGCUCCGGGGAUGGGAUAAGAGUCUAGGGACAGGCAUAGGUUUGAGGAGAGUGGCAUGAGCUGGCUCUGCCCUGGGAUCCCAGUCUGAGGGAGGCAUGGUCCCAGUCCCUGGUAUGGGGCAGUUAUGGGAGGGGGUCGGGUAAGGGAGACAGGGGAGAAUGAAGGAGAAACUGAGCCCUAGGUUCACCACAUUCAUAUAGAAGGAGGAGCCGGGUCCUCAGGGGGAGGUUCCAGGACUCUGCCCUUGGCGUUGGGGGUGGGGGGGGCGGGGGGACCUCUCCCCUCCCCUCAGCCCCCUUCCCCAGGGGCUGUGCUUCCACGCUCCUAGUCUCCCACCUUCAGCUCAGGACAUGUUAUAACUUAGGCUAAACUGUGAAUUCUGGUGGGGACAGCCCGGGCCAAGCUCUCCAGGUGCACGGCUCUGCCCCCAACCCUGUCCGUGGAUUUCAACAGAGAGCUGGGCCCUUCUCUGGCUGUGUCUGGCCAGCCCAGGGCAGGGCCUGGGGCCGGCAGCCUUCCAGUUUUGGCCCCUGCAUCUCUUCUCAAUGCACUUUAAUAAUGUAACAUAUUACUAAUAAACAAGCUAUUUAUUUACCUA